UGGUGUCGACAUUUCACCAAACGUUUCACGAAUCCGAGAAUAGUGGAGCAGAUAAGCUCAUAUAAAAGAUGGAGACCAUCCAAAAGUGUACCUCCCUACUCUGGGUUCUUAUGUUUGCUUUAGCAAGAUCGGAGAAUGUUGUUAUUACAGAGAUAAUGACACUCAGAAGUACAGAGUCAGUGAGCCCCCACUGCGAUCAGCACACCUCCUGGGCCUGCAACAUCACCUCCCAGGAUGAGCCCACCAUCUUCCUGUUUGCCUGGUCUGCUCCCAAUAAGACAGCUCUGUGUGAGCUAAAGGAUGGGCACCUCAGCACCCAUAACGGAGUGAACUGUGUCUUCAAAGGCCAACAACUGGUCCUGACCAUUCGUCACACAAAACCAAUCCACCAGGGGCAGUAUGUCUGCAAGCUGCGCUCCAAUUUAGGAAUAAAGAGUGCAUUCACACACUUGAAAUUACAAGAGUGCCACCACAGUCUCCAUGUCCACAGCCGUGAUGGAAACUCGACGUGCCGCGCCAGAGGCGUCUACCCAGAGGCCCACAUCCACUGGUUCCAGGGGUCCAAGAACCUGACCGACUCCUCAGUGGCCCACCCCAGCGUACGGGACGAGGACGGCACCUAUGAGAUAGCCAGCACGCUUCUCCACCGACCCCACUCCACUCUGAACUGCUCCCUGUGGAGCCCGAGCUCUGGGAGAUACCUCAGCAGCACAAGGACGCGUGAAGAGAUGACGCCUCCAGAGAGCUCCAGGGCGAACAGUUAUGGGACAAACGGAACUGUUUUGGCCGCUGCGUUCACCCUACAUUGGGACGUGUAAAUACUAGAUCUCACUGUCGGUCUGUGGGCAAAAUUACUCCAAGAGGUGUGAGAAUGCAGCUUUAUUCUCUUAAUUACACUACAGGUGCAUUUCCUUUAUAUUGUAUCAGAGUUAUGUUUAUAUUUAGAUGCAUAUUUAGUUUGUUUAUUAAUGCAUUUUUCAACUGUAUUGGGACCCUGAGAGCAAAUCUUCUUUAGUGCUGCUUUAAGACUGUUUGGCCCUCUCUGUGCGAGUCCGCUGUAUGAACAAGGUGUCUAUGGAGGGGAGCUAUGUUUAGUGAUCCUCUGUAACCUUGCCAUACCACACAGUGAUGCCUCUGGUGAGGACACUCUCCAUCAGGCCUCUAUAGGCCUGUACAAGAGGCUGAUGACUCAGGGAAGCUUUCUUCAGUGUCUGGAUGAAGUAUGAAGUGUUGCUGAGCCUUCUUGCCAGUGUCUUUUGUGUGGUAUGACACUGAUCCUAGUGUUACCAUUUAAAAAUGAAGGUAAUCAAGAAGGCCGGCCAUUUUGUAAACCAAAGUGAGGCUACAGGGUACACUGACUGUAUCAUUAAUGCAUUUUCACCACCUACUUGGGAGUGCAUAGAACACAACAAUCCUAUGGUUUGUGUAUUCUGUAGACUUGUUUUGGUUUAUAAUAGCCGUCGCCUCAACAAGGCGAGUUGGCUCUAAACAGGACACAAUUCAACAGGUGGCGGAGGGGAAAAUGCUCUAAAAAACUAUGCCAAAUUCACCCACCACAUGCCCUGGGAGUGUUCCAACAGAGCACCUUCAGUCGCAGGCCGAUCCUGUUCCUAGUUGUAGGACUGAACACUGAAGGAAGUCCUUCCUGCCAGCUUCUAUCAGACUGUUCAAUGUGCGCUAAUGUGCAGUACCUGCAUGUACUAUUUAUAUAUAAUGUACAUCAUUUUUCUUUUUAAACUUUCUAUUUAUUAUUCAUGUACAUCUCAGCAGACUAACUUAUUUUACAAUAUCGGUGCUCUGUAUCAAUGUACACUCAGUAGGCGCGCGCGUGUGUGUGUGUGUGUGUGUGUGUGUGUGGCUGCUGUAAGAAAGCAAUAUGAAAAAGGAUUAAAUACGUAUUAAUCAAUCAAUCAAUACAAGCAAUUAAAACACUAGUAUACUGUCCAUCAAGAUUAAGGUAAACUAAAAUAACCAACUUCAGAAAGCUUGAACAGGAUUGAUAUGUUCAAGCAAGCCAAAAGUAUUAGUGUUCUCAGUAAGGAAAUGACUCCCAGUCCCAGAUAGCACCAAAAAAGGCAUUGUGGACUUUUGUGUUUUGUUUGAAUUCAUUUUUCUCACCCAGUGGGUGGGGAUCAAGACUGGAAGGCACAACAAAACAUCAGCACAAAACUGCAGGCAUCAUAUCAUAUAAAUGAUGAAUCUAUUUACAGUGAAUCACACCAGUUAAUCAUCAUAAGUUGUCUGUUGUUUACAAAUUUGUGCAUACAUUUUUAUUUUUACAUGUAAAUACUAUGAUAUGCAACAUAUUUAUCAAUAAAUAUUUAUUAAAUUA